AUGUCAUUGCUGCAGCGUCGACGUGGAGGGAUGAGUGGUGAGUCAGCCGAUGAAGCCUUGGACCGCAUGAUCGCCCAGACUCAAGAGGAGGGAGAGAGAAGAAGAGCUCUGUCUGCUCCUAGGAGGAUGGAAGGUGGUGUGCGGAGGUUGGAAAUUCAGGCUGGAGCAGAGGGAGAUGGACGAGCUCAAGGUCGAGAAGGUGAGGUGGCGAGGCCUGCUGGUUUGCCACAAGCUUUAGGGCCUGAAGCUCCUCCGGUGGCAGCUCAGCAGGAAUUGCCGGGUGGUGGGAGAUCGACAAUGGUGGUAGGACCGCUUCUUCGGGGUGUGGCGCAAGAUGUGGCUGGUGCGGUGGGUAACCAACUGCAAGCUUUGGGGACACUUUUUCCUGGAGCUCAAGUCCGUUCUUGUGUACCUCAAGGUGGUCCUCCUGGUGUCCUUCCUCUACAAGGUCUUCAUGCUGAACUACAUCAACGCAGUGGUCAGGGGAUCAAUGACCAAGGUGGUGGCUGUCCGAGUGGAGGGCAUGUGGGCGGUGCUAUGUUGGGACCUUUGGCUGAGCCUUUGCCGCCGUUGGUAGCUUUUCAGCUGCCGCAGCAGCAACAGAUGGGAUCAGCCGCGAGUCCACACCCGCCAGUGUUUCAUCCUUCAGGUAGCCAACCAGCUCAGGGAUUAGGAGUGAUGGUGACUCCAGUCCGAGAACCUCGAGACCUGCAGUCAGUACCCAUGGUGAGCCCGGUUCCCAUGCAAAUGGUGAGCCCGGUUCCCAUGCAGGCAUUGGCUGGAGGGGGGAACCCAGCUCCUGUUGGAACAGAUCCAUCGGGAGGGACUCAGAUGAUGAUGGACCCAGCUGCGAUGGCAGUUGAGGAGAUCAGAAAGCGGGUGAUGCGGGAGGCAGAGGAAGCUUUCGCCAAGGAGGUGAGAAGGCUUCAAGGUCAGACCGAGGAAACCCAAUCGUACCAGUCAGCAUCCAGUGGAGCUGGACAGGGACAGGCCGUGGUUGGCCAGGCCUUGGGAACUUCUCAGCCGUUGGGAGGAGUCGGUGGAAUGCCGUCCCCACCUCCAGGGAUUGAUCCGGGAUUCCAAGGAAGGAAUCAAGCUGGGCUAGCUCAGCCGGGACCAUCUCUGACUGAGGCUUUGAGGGCCCUGGAGCUACCAAAGCUUCCCACACCGGGAAGUGAAGGUGCGUCCAUCCAGUUCGGGGAUUGGAUGACUGUGGUGCAUCCACUGAUGAGUGAUCUUUCUGGAAGUGCUGGAGAAUGGUGGAGUCUGACAGUGAAAACUGUGGAACACCACUAUCAGCAGUGGCUGGUUGCCACGCCGCUGGAGAAGCUGCGCAUGAAACCAGGAUCACCAGUGAUCGGUGAAGGCUACGCAAGACUGGAACAGCGGUCAGUAUCUAUGUUGCUAGCUGCUUUGCCAGAAGGUUUGCGACAGGACGUCAUAGCAUCGCGGCGUCUCUCGACGGUCGGGAUUCUGUUCCGAUUGUUUACCACCUUUCAACCUGGUGGUUCGGGUGAAAGGACAGGAUUGAUCAAGUCCAUCAGCGAGGCCAAGGUGCCAGCAGGUUUGGUGGAACUGCUGGGGUCCGUUCGGCAAUGGCGCCGAUCAGUGGGAAGGUCGGAGGAGCUGAGUGUAACAGUGGAUCCUCUGGUUCUGACAGGUGUGUUGUCGAAGUUCGCUGACGGAGCUUCAAGAUUGGGUGGAAGUCAGGUGGCGUUCCGCUUGGCGACCAUGCGCCAACAGCUGGACGUAGAUAGAGCUCCAAGCCUUGGUUCGGUCAAGGAAUGGGCCGAGUACAUCCAAGCUGAGCUGGAAGAGUUGGCUAAUGCGCAGACUGCUGGGAAGGCGACGCCGUCGAAUCCGCCUGCGUUGGCUCCGGUGCUGACGCAGGGGAAUCCGGCUGUCAAGGCCUUCACGGGGGAAGGGCAGAAGCCAUGGGAGAGGCCAGAAGGUGAGAAAGCGCCGUGUCGUUUCUGGGGCACUGACGAAGGGUGUCGCAGGGGUGAGAAGUGCGGUUUCGCACACGCCUGGGGAACGUUGGAGAAAUCCUCAAGGUGCUUGUUUUGCUCAUCAACAGGCCACCGUAAAAGGGAUUGUCCCACAGCCAAGCCUAAAGAUGGAAAUGGCUGGACACAGAAAGGUGACCGGAAGGUCGCUAAGGUCCUCAAUAAGAAAGGGGAGAAGAGCACUGAAAAGGAGAGCCAAAAAGAGUCAACAGUAGUGAAGGAGGCAGCGGAGGAAAAUCCGCAACCGGAAAAAAGAUCUGAGGGUUCCCAGCCCAAGCAGGAAGGUGACUUGGUGCAGAACCUCAACGGUCUGGUUAAGUCCAUGACGUCGAUCAAAUCGGUAUUCAUCAAGACGGUGAAAAUGGACGAGGAGUGCGGAGGAGAGUACGCCUUGCUAGAUGGGGGGGCGACUCACGCUUUGCGACAGGCGAAGAGCUCCGAAGUUCCGCAUCUUUGGCCAGUCCAAGUUGAAAUGGCGAUGGGAAGUGUCACGCUCUAUCGGUGCGCAGCGCACAAUACGCUGUUGGCACUGGAUAACGUGGAACCCAUAAUUCCAUUGCGGCUGCUAGUAGAUCACGGAUUCAAGAUCGACUGGCAGAAGGAUCGCUGUGACAUCUCACACCCGAAACAUGGGAACCUGCAGUGUGUCAGACGCCAAGGGUGUCCAGUGAUGGACAGAAGUGAAGCCUUGAGUCUCUUGGAGUCACUUGAGAAUGGUGGAGUGGGAGACUACUGUGAGCCACCGGCUCAGGAGAUCGAAUGGUGGAAGGAGAAGUAUCCACAGGUCCCUGAGAGAAUCUGGUCUUUGAUGAGGGGCCAAGGGCUGAACUGGGAAGAAAUUGCCUCCCCUUUGCCUUGGAAUAGGGCAAAGCGGAGGAGGUUGGAAAGAGCUCGAGGUGGUGUGGUGAUCCAUCUUUUCUCUGGGUCCGGGGGAGAAUCCAGGAGAUGGCGGGAUCUCACGGGAUCAGACACCGAGGUGCUGACCGUUGACAUCUCAUCGAACGCUCAAGAAGAUCUACACGCCGCUGGGGUGUGGGCGUAUCUGUGGGGAUUGGCUGAAAGGGGCCGGAUCCGGAUGAUAACCGCCGGACCGCCAUGCAGGACAGUGAGUCGUCUUAGGCAUAAGAUCCCAGGUCCUCGCCCUUUGCGUGGCAGAAAGAAUCACAGAUUCGCUUUGGAUGAGCUAACGGAAAGAGAAAUGACAAAGGUGGAUGGAGAUACCGCCCUGUGGUUGAAAACUCUUGGUCUCUAUGAGAAAUCUCAAGAGGGAAUGGUGGCGAAUGGCAUUCUGGGUCAGUGUGGUCUUCUGGUGGAAAGUCCCCAAGAUCCAUGCGAGUAUGUGGAAGAUGGGAAAGAGUAUCCGUCCUUCUGGGAAUGGGAGGAAACAGAGGAUUUCUUGAAACGAAACCCAGAUAUGUUCAAGGUCAGGGUGGAUCAAGGGGCUCUAGGGCACCCACGCCCCAAACCCACAACGCUUCUGACCAACAUAGUCCAGCUGAAGGAACUUGAUGGGAUUACCUCGAAGGAAUCUGGAGAGAGUGUGUGCAUGGAUCUCCGGGAGCGGCUGAAGCAGACGGCUUCUUGGUCUGCAUGGGCUCCAGGUCUGAUGGCUGCUCUCAAGAUUGUGAUACCCAAAUUUCUGGCGAGCCAGGCUCAGCAACCGAUGCUGAGCAAGUUGGACUUAGCGGGAUGGAAGAAGCAUCUGCAGGCACAACACGUGCCAUACCGGCGGGACUGUAAGGUCUGUUUGGAAACCAUGGGCUCGGCUGAGCCACAUCGCCGAAAGAGGGGUCAAGAAUCCGCCUUUGUGAUGUCUGUAGACAUCUGUGGUCCGUUCAAAAAGGGCACCGACCUUGGUGUCUCCAAACGCAGAAAGGUAAAGUAUGCCUUGCUGGCGACUAUCCCUGUGCCUCAGUGGCCAAGUCCGGGGGAGAAGGAGGAUUCCACGGAGGCGGUGGAACCUCAAAAGGAAGAAGUUGUUCCCGAAGCUGAGGAAGUGGAAGCCUCCGGGGAGCUUCUUUUGGCUCCAGAGCCCAGGGAUCUGAUCCCAGAGGAAGAAGCCCGGAAGAGAAACCAGGCUUGGGAAGAGUUCGUCAAAAGGGAAGUCAAGGAGAUAUCCAAGGAUGUUCCAGUGGUGAACAUCACCUUCAUGGAGCCACUUGCGUCUCGUCACCAGAAUGAAAUUACAAAGGCACUGUCCAAAGUGCAUGCCCGGGCGAAGAGCCUUGGCAUACCCAUUUACCGUGUGCACUCUGAUCGGGAGCGAUCUUUCACAACCAAUCACGUGGCCAAGUGGUGCGAAAUGCGCCAGGUCCAUCAAACUUUCAAUGCAGGCGAUGAGCCUGAAGCCAAUGGACGAAUUGAAGGGGAAAUCAACCAAUUCAAGCGUCGACUUCGCCUUUUGUUGGCAGAAACGGGAGUGAGUCAUGACUACUGGCCAUGCGCGGCCCGACACGGAGUCGAGGAACGAUUGCGUGCCCAAAUGAGAAAGUUGGGGGCCAAGUGUAAGGAGAUGCCACCCUUUGCUGUGUUGGCUCAGGUUAAGGCCAAACUGUGGCAUCGUCGAAAAGAAGGGGCGUUGUCAUCCCCUUACAAGACGCUUCGAAUUAUGGGCCCUUCACCUCAGAUGACUAACGGUUGGGUUGCUCCUGAUGAAGAAGCCAACCUUGUGCAGCACGCACGGUCCGUGUUCAUUCCUGAUCCUCUUGGAGAAACAGCUCGUUUGGAGCUGGAAACGGUCGAUGAUCCCAAGGAUCCUCCCAAAAGACGUCUCAACGGGAAGCAGCCACUGGUUGUGGAGGUUUCCAAGAUCCCUUUACCACCUCCUCGGGAGGACCGUGAACUUGAGUCCUUGUUGGCUGUGGCCGACGCUGAGGAAGAAGAUGGGUAUGAGCCCUCUAUCUUGUCUGACUCUGAGUUGGUUCCACCUGAGGCAGAAUUGGGAUUGCCAGCUCUCAUGGCCUUACGAGCUGGGGGGGAGUCUCUUGUGGAUGGAACUCAACUUGAAGGUUGGGGGGAGAUCGAAAAGACGGAAGUAGAGGAGUAUGUGAAUGAGCUCCGCUACCAGCACGGGAAUCUGAGAAAACUUCUGCAGGAACAGGUGAAUGCAGCUCAAUUCUACGUCAGAGGUGCGUCCAACCUUGGCCGUGCACGGGUUGUUGGGUUGACAGUGCUGGUAGAUCACUCUGGAAAGCUGUUCACGCGCCAGAAGUGCACCAUCAAAGGCAUCAUUGUCAACCAGGAGGUUCUACUUGCAACCAUCAAGGGUGCCAAUGGAAAAUCAAGGGUCUCUGCAUAUGUUUUGCAGAAGGCCCUGCUUGAGUUUUUCACGCAGUUCAAGCUAUUCCCCAUGGGGGUGUACGCUGAUAUACCAGCUGUCCAGAGCUGGGCGUUGAAGUAUGCGGUGGCGAUCAAAAAACUGGUUUCAAGGUUUCGACGUUUGCUCCGCCGGGCACCUUCGUCCAAGUAUAACAAGCUCACUGAGAUCAAACAGAAGGCCAAAGACUGUGGCUGGUGCUCAAAAUGUGAUGAAGAGGAUGACGAUGAUAGUGAUGAAGAGGAUAUCGACCCGAAGUUCACGCCCAAGUCCAAGGGUGUCCCGACCGACAUCGAAGAGUUGAGUGGAGUCAGCACAUGCUCACCUGAUUCAAGCAGCUGUGUGUCUUCCGGGGUGUCUAGCGCAGCCAGUGACAAGCUUGGGCGGGUCAUUGAACAACUCAAAAAAUUCAAGAUUGCUCAGGCAGAACCAUGCCCUGAAACCAAGUCCAGUGCUGGGAGUGCCAACAAGACAACUCAUGUUGUUUCCACCGGUGGAUCUGAUGUAAAUCCUGGAGACCAUCACCAAAAAGAACCAUGCAAUGGGGAAUCCAGAACAGAACGGAUUGCCAGGAUUUUGAAGGCUGCUAAGGAAAAACGUCUUGAGUCCCAGGCUACCAAGCCCACAGCUGAUGAUGGUGACACGACAGUUUUGAAAACCAUGGGAAAGUUCACAGUUGAGUCCAAACCGUUCGCCCUCAAGGACAAAUACGUCCCUGCCAUCACUACAGCCCGAGCUGCUGCAGGCCAGGAUGAUGAAGAGCCUGAGGAUGAGGAGAAGCCAGUUCCUGCUGCAAAGCGCAAGACCCAGGAAUUGCAUCCUAAUGGUGAUCCAUGGGACUUUGCUGGGGUUCGCUGUGCCUACAUGAAAAACCAGAAGGCCAAGGGUCUCUCCUUCAAAGAUGCGAAAAAAUCUUGGGAUGAUUCUGAUGAAAAACGCCUCUACUUGAAAGACGUGUCAGUGAAAGAGCUGAAACGUAGGACCGGCAAUUUGUGGAAGUGUUCAGUGGUGUUGGAGAAGUCGGUCGACGUGGCACCUCAAUUGAUUUAUGUCUGGAUGAGGUUGGUGCUGAAUGAGAUCCUCCGGUGCAAGCCUGGCAGCACAGUGCUUAUGGCGCCAGAUUGCCGCAGUUUGUCCCGUAUGUCGCGCCAUACGAGUGGACGCACCUACUUGUCUCCACUCGGCAAUCAAGGGUACCUAUUUGUAAAAAUCGGAAAUAUCUUGAGUGCGAGAACUGCAUUACUUGCAUUCCUUUGCUCCUUUUGUGGGCUCCGUUGGGUGAUUGAGCAGCCAGAGGGGACGUUCUUACCACAGCUGCCACGUUAUCAGUGGCUCUUUGGAGUGUUAAAGGUCUUUGCAACAACGAUGUACAUGGGGGUGUUUGGAUCAGGUAGCCCUAAGAAGCACAGGCUGCUGUCGAAUGAUCCAGCUUUCCUAGAGAAGAUUCACGACAAAGCUGGGUUCAUGUCAAGGGUGGACCAAGCCAAAUGCGAUACAAAGUUGGUACAUCGUUACCUAGACAAAAACGGGAAGCGUCGUUGUACUGGACUCAAGAAGGAAUUGAAGGAAUCAGCGAAUUAUCCCCCUGCCUUUGGUGACUUCAUUGCAUCAAUUGCUGUGGAGAUGGAAGCUGUCCCGGUUCCGAUGAAUGUGCAUUUGGAUGAAAGCUUUCCCACUGACCUCACAGACUUGGAGCUGUUUAGGAGGUUCUGCCUUCCCAUCGGCGACCCAUGGAAAGAUGUGCCUGGUAUAAAAUGUAUUUUUUGGCAAUCGGGAUACCCAACAAAUCACACAAGAAUAGAUUUUCCCCAAGUUCGCCAGCUAGUGUCGUGUGGAAUUGCCUUAGGCUUGCCUAUGGGAUGCUGUGGAGUAUUUCGCCCGUGCAAAAUAUAUGCAAGUGCCUAA